ACAAAGAGUACAAGAAGAAGAAGAAGACAUAAAAAAUGAAGGGUUCUGUUGGUAUUGCUUUAUUACUCAUUGCCAUCUUCUUUGUUCCCUCUGUAACGUCUCUGAGACAGAUUGGCCAGCCAAACUCACAUCAUGGGCAUCAUCAUUAUGGAAUAAUUACAAACCCCGAAGUGUACUGGGAAAGAGUGCAAGGUGUAAUGAAGAGAAAGGGCGCUGAGACGCUACAAAUAGCAGGGUCAAGUUUGCCAGAUUGUUCGCAUGCUUGCGGCUCCUGUUCGCCAUGCAGACUGGUCAUGGUUAGCUUUGUCUGCGCAUCACUUGAAGAAGCUGAGACUUGUCCAAUGGCUUAUAAGUGCAUGUGUAAUAACAAGUCUUAUCCUGUUCCAUGACUUCUAACUUCAUUUUGUAUCAUAAUCACUGGUAGUUAGGAGUAAUCCAUCUUUUGAUUUGGACUCUUUUGUUCUUUUUUCUUUUUUUGGGAAAUUUUUUUUUCUCCAAUUUUGCCAUGAAAUGUAGGCGUGGCUUCCUUUGUGUAUUCAAAAGAGUUUGAUCUACUUUGUUCCAUUCUUAUUUUGCCAAUGUUUCAUUUGCUUUGAAGA